AUGGUUGUGAAUGGGGGGAUCCUUUUUGUUUGUGUUGUGCUUCUCAUGGCAAUCGAGGUUCCUAGAGCAGCUGCACAAAUGGGUCAAAUUCCAGAGCGUAAGAAUAUCUUCAAGAAAAUGCGAACUCACUCCCGCCCCAUUGAUACCGUAUUCAAGCUUCCAACUGCAACUACUUCUUGGCCAAAAGGUAAUGGUUUCGCGAGAGGAGUCCUCGAUCUAGGUGGGCUGCAAGUGUCUGCAGCAUCAACGUUUAACAAAAUUUGGGGCGCCAUUGAUGGUGGACCGGAUGAUAAAGGAGCCUCAGUGUUCGAACCAACAGGAAUACCUCAAGGAUUCUCUAUGUUAGGCAGCUACAGCCAACCCAACAACAAACCUCUUUUUGGGUAUGUUCUUGUAGCAAAAGAUGUUUCUUCAAGCACCACAAAAAGCACAUUAAAGCCACCAAUUGAUUACACAUUUGUAUUGAAAGCUAAAUCCUAUUCAGCUACUCAAGUCUUGCCUUUGUAUAUUUGGCUACCAGUAGCACCUAAUGGCUACCGUGCUUUAGGCCAUGUUGUCACCAAAACACGAGACAAACCUCCCCUUGACAAAAUCAUGUGUGUUAGAUCAGACCUCACAGAGAAAUGCGAAACUUCUUCGUUGAUUUGGGAAUCCGAAGACUUCAAUUUCUAUGACGUUAGACCAAUAAGUAGAGGAACUCAAGCUCGAGGCAUUCAUGUAGGCACUUUUGUUGCACAAAAUGGUAGACUUACUAACCCUCCAUCUAUUUCAUGUUUGAAAAACCUUAAUUCCAUUUCAAAGAUCAUGCCUAAUCUACAACAAAUUAAAGCAAUACUCAAAGUUUACUCUCCAUUUGUAUACCUACAUCCUGAUGAAAAAUACUUACCUUCAUCAGUCAAUUGGUUUUUCUCCAAUGGAGCAUUACUAUACAAGAAAGGUCAUGAGUCAAAUCCUAGACCAAUAGCACAAAAUGGUACUAACCUUCCUCAGGGUCCUAAUCCUAAACAUGACCGCGCCUAUUGGAUAGACCUACCAGCUGAUCAUGCAAAUAAAGAUAGGGUAAAGCAAGGUAAUUUACAAAGUGCGGAAUCUUAUGUACAUGUGAAGCCAAUGUUUGGAGGAACCUUCACUGAUUUUGCAAUGUGGACUUUUUACCCUUUCAAUGGACCUGGAAGGUUAAAAAUAGGGUUUAUAAAUAUUAAAUUAGAGAGAAUAGGUGAACAUGUUGGUGACUGGGAGCAUGUGACAUUAAGGGUAAGUAAUUUGGAUGGUAAAUUAUGGAAAGUCUAUUUCUCACAUCAUAAGACAGGUUCAUGGGUUGAUUCCUCUCAACUUGAAUUCCAAAAUGAUACUAGCAAUAUUGAUUUUCCAACAAAAAGACCUGUUGUUCAUGCUUCAUUGCAUGGCCAUUCAACAUAUCCACAUGCUGGCCUUGUUCUACUAGGGAAAAAAGGAAUAGGUGCAAGAGAUGAUACUGAUAAAAGUAGCAAAGUUAUGGAUAUGGGGAAAUAUGUAUUGGUUUCUGCAGAGUAUUUGGGUUCUAAAGUUAAAGAGCCAGCAUGGUUGAAUUUUUAUAGGACAUGGGGCCCACAUGUUGACUAUAAAUUAGAGGAUGAAUUGAAUAAAUUGAAGAAGUUGUUUCUAGGGAAGCUAAAACAUGUUUUUGAAAAAGUUAUUAGGGGUUUACCAAAAGAAAUGCUGCAAGAGGAAGGACCAACAGGUCCAAAGGAAAAGAAAAAUUGGAAUGGUGAUGAACUUUGAA